AUGUCAAAUUGGGGGGGUAAUCGAGCUCAGAUCGAGUAUGCGGCGAUGGACAGCAUAAUACUGUAUGACGUUGAAGUUGAAUAUGAAAGAAUCAUGAAUGCAAGAAGACGACGUUUCUAG